ACCGGCAGCUUUAAAUAGGUAAAUCCUCCGCCUCGCCGCGUCACAGGGAUGCAGUUGCGGGAUCCCGGCUGUUAAACCUGCUAUUCACCACCACCUUCACCGGGAAGGACCACCAAAGAUGGCAUCUUCCUCAACAUCGGACAACGCUCGCUUUCUGAUGUUCUUCGACUUCGAUGAGACGAUCAUCAGCGAGAACAGCGACGACACUGCGGUGAAUCUCUUGCCAAACCAGCAGCUACCCCAGUGGCUCCUAGACAGCUACCGGGAGGGGCACUACCAUGAGUUCUCAGGAAAGAUAAUGAGCUACUUUGCAGAUCAGGGUAUUACCAAGGACGCCCUGCUGUCGGCGGUGCAGAAGAUCCCGCCCAAUCCAGGCAUGCUGGACCUCUUCCGCUUCCAGCAGAGCCACCAGGAGGACUUUGAGCUGGUGGUGGUCUCCGACGCCAACACCAUUUUCAUUGAGACAUGGCUGGAGCACAACGGGCUGAGUCAACUUUUCCGGAGGGUCUUCACAAACCCCUCCCACUUUGAUGACAACGGCCGACUCGUGCUCCAGCCGUUCCACUCGCACUCCUGCCCGCGUUGCCCCGACAACAUGUGCAAGCAGGUGAUUCUUCAGGAGUACAUGGCAUGCCGGGAGAAGGAGCGAGGCGGCGUCGGCUUCCAGAGGGUGUUUUAUGCCGGCGACGGGUCCAACGACGUGUGCCCCACUCGGGCCCUGGGACCCCAGGACAUCGCCUUCGCCAGGAAGGAUUACCCCAUGCAUAAGCUGAUGAUGGAGAUGCAGCAGUCAGAGUCCACCAAGUUGAAAGUAAACGUAGUUCCCUGGGUCACCGGGGCGGACAUUGAGGACUAUCUAGCAAAAAUAAUGAAGGAGAGAUGACUUUUUCUGGGGUUUUUCUUUUUAAGUGUUAGGAAAGGUGAGAAAACAUUUGCCAUUUGCAGCAAAUUUAGAUGAAAUCAACAGGACCUGAUCACUACAAUGAUCAGUAAUCAAAAACUGGACUUUUUACCUUUUGUUUUAGCUUUUGAAAAUACUUUUUAAAAUUUUAGGAUAAAGGGAAACCAGAUGUGCUUUUGAACAUAAUGUAAAGCUCCUGAUUUAAAGCUAUAGUAUGUAACUUUUAGGAAAAAAAUUGUUUUUCUACAUAUUUGUGAAAAUUUUCAUGUCGGGUCAAUAUAAUAUAAGACAGACAAGUGAAAAAUUCUACUUUUUUUGCCUUCUCCCUGUACUAACUACAGAAGUAAGUUCGAAAACAACCAUUGAGAAAAUAGAGGUAGCACUGUCAGUCACUCUUGUGAUAAGAAAGUGCUUGCUCUUUGCUAAACUAUAGCUGGUUAACACAGCUUUCCACCUAUGCUAAGGCUAGUUAGCAUAGCCACCAAUGACAGAUAAAUGGUGAUUUCCACCAUUAGCAUGUUCAGCAGCCUACAUGACGUUGAUUGACAGCGCUAAGACCCGCCUCCUGGCUCUGAUUGGUUGUUUUUGCAGCUCAGGGAGAAUUAUCAGUCUCAUCAAGAUGAGACACCUUUCAUAAAUAUGGAGAAAACAUAUUUUUGUAAAAGUUACAUACUGCAACAUUAAUAACCUCAAGAGUAAAAGCAGUUUUUUUUGUAAAAAACGUCAUUUCUGACAGCAGGUGAGGUUUAUCCAGCUUCAACGCCUUGUUGAAGGUUUGACAAUGGUUACACGCGUCGGUUGUAGCGAGGGACAAAAGGCCGCGGCGGUUUCAUCAGGCAGGGACACAGCAGGGAUAACUUUGCAGAUACUCAGGCACGGUACCAGAAACUUAAUCUGGGGUUUGAUAUUUACAGCAGUAAUUUACACUGGCGUGAAACACAACAGGAACACUGAAGAAAUUCACUCCCUCUAGUCCCCCAUGAAACAAUGUAGGGCAAAGUGCAAAGUUUAGAUAUAUUGGUCUAUUUCCAAGUAUUACAUAAAGCCUACACAGUUAUUGGUACCCCUGUAGGGAUGUAAGAAAAAUCCUUUUUUAUUUUUAAAGUAAACAAAAUCCUGAAACCAAAUUAAUCUAUUGUAAGGGAGGCAUAAUCUCACACUAAAACUUUAAAAACAAAUUUCCAUUUCGAUGCCUAAAAAUAAGAGCUCAUAAAAUCUUUCUUUUUCUGCAAAAAAAAAAAUUCCAAAUGACAUAAAAUAUUUUCAGAAAGUGACUUUUAUUCCCAUCAUAUGUUCUGUGAGUUGAAUAAUGCAGGCUACAAAAAGUUUGCUUUAAUUACGAGAAUAUAGCUGCAAUACAAUUAGUAUCUUUCAAAAUUGUUAUAGAACAAGGUUGUCUCUAACUUUAUCACGAAUCUCUGUCUCUCAACAUGUUAUCAGGUGAUGAGCGUCUUAAUCCCUUUUACUUCCUUUAUUACGCCAGUGAAUCAUCAGCUCAUCUUCCUUUCUUGAAAUUGUUGGAAACUGCAAAAGCAAGUAUUAGUUAAACUAAUCUCAUUCAAUACUCAAGAAAAAACAACAACAGAAAAUACACAUGAUCUUAAAUAGAAAAUGAAACACAUGACCAGCAUGAAUUUAAAUGCAAAGCUGGGGAGGCGAUGGGACUGAAAACCAGCAUCAGCGCCGGAUGAGGAGUCUUGGCACAACGUGCAGGGAGGAGGAAGGCAAGGGAAGGACAAAAUGUGCAAAUCCUGCUGUUUAGAAAACUGUAGCAAAGAGAGGCUUCUUGACGUCAUCAAAUCUCAGCCAUAGGAUGGGAAAAUUCAGUUUCUGUCCCACAAACGUAAGCUAAUUUGUUAGAGUGCAUGACAUUGUGCAUGUUUUAGAAUAUAAUUUACAUUUUUAAUUAGGACUCAGAUCAAUGUACAUGGUAGUUAUAGGAAUUCAGACCUAAAUCCUGAAAAAUACUUAAAAACUUUGGAGUGAACUGAAAUGAGUAUUUCGGGAUUUUCUUUAAAAACUAAAAUUUCCUUAAAACGCAUUCAAAGGCUUUUUACACAUCUCUAGCAGGGGUGCCAAAAACUUUUGGAUAUGAAUAGUAUUGGAGUGUUUUUGUUUUUUUGUCUUUUACAAUAUUCAAUCUCAUUGAUCUGUUUUUAGUAUUUUAAUAUGUUUGAAAACAGACAAAAUGAGACCAUUUUUAAAUAUUUUUUUCCCUUGUUUAAAACAAUAUUGCAGAAUGUUGGUUCUUUCAAACCUCAUCAGGUUUUAGAUUGAAUAAAUAAAAGGGUUAACGUAUUACUUUCAUGCAGCUGUCAUUUGACGCCAUGCAGUGGAAUAUUUGUGAGCUUAUUCAUUUGAAAAAGACAAUAAAAGAAUACUAUCACUGAUCAACCAUAACAUUGUGAUCAAUUAAUGGUCUUUACUGAUUGAAACUGAUUCCUAUAGAUCAACAUUGAUCUAAAUGAGAGGAUUCAAAUAUGUAUGGAUAUUUUGCUGAUCGGUAGUCAUAAUGUUAUGCCUGAUUGCCUUAAAAAAGUAUUUAAUGUGUUCAGUUUCUCAGGGAGAAGAGACAGGAAAUAAGCAAAGAUGAUAAUAAUUACAAUUAACAGAGUUGAAAACAGAUUUUUCCAUGCACUGUAAAAAAUGUGAAUUUUUUUUUACUGUCUGACAUUAGAAGAGACUAAAUGUUUUUUGUUUUCUGUCAUUCAGGAUAACCGAAAUAAUUUCUACUUGCAAAACGUCAAACUAGUGAGAAAAUCAAUUUAUUUUAUUAAUAUUUUCAUAAAAGUCAGCUGUCUACACUCUGUAACAAACGGCUUCUGGUUGUGACAUUAUGGGGAAAUUCUCCUAAAAAUAAAAAUGAAAAUCAGGAAAACAGAUUUGAACUUAAACAAGUUUGGUUCAUAUUUGGCUGCAAUUUCCAGAUGCCUGAAAGAAAAUCACUAUUUGUAUCUGUUUAAACUGAUAUGCAAGGAAAUAAACAACAGGGGAAAUUCAGAUUCAAAUAUUAAGACAUUGUUUCUAUGUUUGGCUUUGAACAAGUAAUAAAAUUCUCAUUAUUCUGGCAUCUUGCAAAUUAAAACUGUUUUUAAACAAUUCUAUGGGAAUUGUUUCAUUUAAUAUCAGUCAGAAAUAUUAUAGGGCAUGGAAAGAUCUGGUUUCAACUAUACAUGUUUCAUAUAUAGAUUUUAAUUUUUUGCACUGUCACAAUAGCAAAUCUAAUUAAUAAAAAGUGUUAGUGACUAAUAAAAUAGAGGCUAAAUCAUCACACUACAAAACAAACCUGAAAUUCAUUGUGAUCAAAUCUUACGAAUACUCCUGAGGUCCGACUCUACCUUUGCGUGAUGCUACGAUUCCUACGAAUUCACCAGCUUAGAGUAAUUUAGCUGCUCCCUGUAUCUUUUGUGCAAUAAUUAAGUGAUGUGUAUUUGAUGUGCAAAGAAAUAAUCAGGAGAAAAACUUGACACCCGACACUUUCAGGGGAGCAUAUCGAGUCCAGUGCAGCAAAGUUUUAGUGACACGCUCCAUAAAAUGUUGUUUUCACUUUGUACAACCCUUUUCUUAUUGUGCUGCUUGCUGUCUGCUGUACGCUUAAUCUAAGGCGUUAAUGCAAUGUGUUAAUGUGUCAUUGUCACAGGAAGAUAAAGCCAUUCAUUAUCGGA